UCUUGAGACACGUUGUUUAGUGAAGUGAAAUACUUUUGUUCUGUAAAUCUGAAGGUAUGCAGAGCUGGUGUUAAGAAUAUGUUUUUAACUUGUUUGAAGUAGUAAAACAUGUCUGGGUUCAUUGGCAAAGGCGUUUCGAUGGACAUUAGUCCAGCAUGCCGUGCCCAGGAUCCUAAUAGCUUCUCAACUCAAGAUACCAACAAGGAGAAUAAGAAUACACCAUGUCCAGUUUUAUCCUUGGUUCAUUUUUCAAGAGCUCCAUUUCUGAGUUUCGAAUCAGUAAAGUUGGGUUACACCAAAACCGCAGUAUUGGAGAUUGAAAAUCCUAAUGAUGAUGUGACUGAAGUAACCAUAGAUAAAUUCCCGUCAGCCAAAGGAUUUUCUGUGGAGAAAAAAUCUUUCAUACUUCAGCCAGAAGAAAGAACUUUUCUCUCCAUAACAUGGACUCCAGUGGAAGAAGGAGGGAUAAGGGAACUAGUUGUUUUUACUGCAAAUGGCAUUGUUAAGCAUCAAGCCAUUUUACUUGGAAGAGCAGAAGCACCAAAAAAGAAGAAAAGAAGCUUAUGGGAGUCCAUGAAAAGAAAGAAGCCUUUAGAGAAAUUUAAGGCUAAAAAAAAUGAGGCUGUGCAGCCAAAAGCUGUGAACAAAACCUUCCACGUUUCUCGUAAAGUGGAAUAUACAAAGACGGAGUGGAUACGAGGGCCACUUCAGUCAUGUGCCAAUGUGACGGUGACUGAAGAGAAGACCCCAAAAGAUCAGUCGAAGUUUAAAGGAAUAUCUGUAUCACCAAUUGGUGUUGUGCCACAACAAACCUAUACCCCAGGUUCCCUCAGAAGGUCCACAACUUAUUCUGUACUGGAUAAACUUGAAAGUGAAGACUCGCUACAAGAGGAGAAACCAAUUGUCCAGGCUGUUCUUUACCCUGAUGACACUGAGAAUAUUGAGCAUAUGAGCAAGCACACUUUUUGCGAGUCGACAACUGUAUCUGAGUGUAUGAAAACAAAUAUUGUGAGAAUACUUAAUCGAACGCACUCUCCUGUAAGUACUCCUGAUCGUGUCAUGGUUCCCCUCACCCCACUAAGCCAGAAUCGAAUGUUAAGUCCUGAUUCUUUUCUAGACAACAGCUAUGUGCCGGCUGGAGACCAUGAACUUUCUUCAGUGCCUUCUAUAUUGUCACCAGAUCAAUUUCUUAAAGAUGCACUGGAAGCUGUUCAACCUUGUGUGAUGAAGACAUGCCAGGAGAGUGUGAAAUCUACUCUGGAAGCAACAAGUUUAGAUUCUUCAGCUUCUCCAGAUUCAUUAAAUGAUGAUGGCACAUACUUCCAAUAUACUGCCAGAGCUGUUGAUCAUGCUCAUCUGCCAGAAGUGUUCUUUGAAGAUUUGGAGCCUGCCAAGACCAGGUUAACAUUCUUUGUUAAAUCAAAGCCUGGUGAUAUUCAAGUAAAAGAGGUAAAAAAUGAUAUUCAGUCUCGUGAUGAACCUAAGAAUCUACCAGUAAUGUCGGCAACCAUUGUCAAAAGCAAAAGUUACUUUGUGAGGGAAAGUAAACCCAAGCCAGAGAGAGAAACAUUCAGACGACGACUCUUGGAACCGGAAUAUGAAGUGCCUGUCAAAUCAAGUUUAAGUAGACCCAAAGUGGUUGUGUUCAAAAGUCUCCCUGUCAUUGAUUCUGAUGUAAGCCUAGAAGCUCAAAGCAGUGAAGAUAAGGUUUCAUCUCCAAUAACUACAAAUCCAGUUCUCCAGAGCAGAAAGAGAAAAGGUGAAGAAUUUCUAGAACAGAAGUGUGAUCAGAAGGACCAACAUUUGGAAGGAAGUAAAAGGAACAGGGCAGUAACUCCUGUAGUGGAGAUAAAGAAACCAACCAAUGCAAGAAGAAAUACUACUAGGAGUUUGACUGGUACAGAGCAGAGGCUUCAGAAGAAGAGAAUGGUUUCAUUGGCCUUAAAAUCAUCAACUAUGCCCUCUGUGAAAACUUCAAAACCAGUGGGGGUUCCGCAGUCACAGCUCAUAUUUUCUAAAACAGGGUCACUGUCCUUGAAAUCAAAUGGCACUGCAUCUUUGAAGAUGACUAAGGCUGCUGUUGUGGGGGUAGCACAGUCACAGCUGACCUUUAUAAAACCAGUACAAACAGUUAUACCAAGACAUCCUCUACCAUUUGCUGCCAAAAAUAUGUUCUAUGAUGAACGUUGGAUGGAAAAAGAAGAGCAAGGCUUUAUUUGGUGGAUAAAUUACAUUCUUACACCUGAUGACUUUAAAGUUAACACAGAAGUUUCGAAAGUGAAUGCUGUUUCUCUAGUUUAUGGAGCUGAGCAUCAGAACAGAAUCAAUGUUCCCAAAGCACCAACCAAAGAGGAAAUGUCAUUCAAAACAUAUACUGCCAAUUGCAGGCUGAAUCGUCUUCGCCGUGCAGCUUGUCGUCUUUUUGCAUCUGAAGACAUAGUAAAGGCCAUUAGACGGUUGGAGCUUGAAAUUGAAGCUCGACGUCUGCUUGUUCGGAAGGACAGGCAUCUCUGGAAAGAUAUUGGUGAACGUCAAAAGGUUCUGAAUUGGCUGUUGUCCUACAACCCCCUAUGGUUAAGGAUAGGACUCGAGACCAUUUUUGGGGAACUUGUUUCCUUGGAAAGCAACAGUGACGUUUUGGGCCUGGCGAUGUUCAUUCUAAGUCGUUUACUGUGGAACCCAGACAUAGCAGCUGAAUAUAAACACCCCAAAGUGCCUCACCUCUAUCGAGACGGUCAUGAAGAGGCUUUGUCUCGUUUUACGUUAAAAAAGCUGCUGAUGCUUGUUUGCUUUCUCGACCGAGCAAAAGAAUCAAGGAUAAUUGAGCACGACCCCUGUUUGUUUUGCCUGGAUUCUGAGUUUAAGACUACCAAAGACCUUCUGCUGGCUUUUUCAAGGGAUUUUCUAAGUGGUGAGGGGAUUCUAUCCCGCCAUCUCAGCUACAUGGGUUUAGCUGUUUCUCAUGCUCAGACCCCACUGGAUGAAUUCAACUUUGCUGUAAGAAAUCUUGCUACUGACCUGCGAUGUGGUGUCCGCCUUGUGAGAAUUAUGGAGCUGUUCACACAGAACUGGAGUCUCUCAAGUAAACUAAGGGUUCCUGCCAUUAGUCGCCUUCAAAAGAUGCAUAAUGUUGAGAUUGCACUGCAAGUCCUUAGAGCAAGAGGGGUGAAACUAAACGACGAGCACGGUCUCUAUAAAUUGACCCAGUGUCUCUCUUCUGGGCACAGAGAGAACACCUCUAGACUGUUGUGGAGAAUCAUUUUUACCUUUCAGGUUGAAAUUUUACUUGACGAAGAGGAGCUAAGAGAGGAAAUUUCUUUCCUUAAACGGACAUGGGCAACACAUCAGAAGCUUGCAUCUCUACGGUCCAGUGGGGUUCCAAUUGACAAAGAAAAAAAAGUCUGCAGUGUAGAUCUAGACUGCAAAACAAAAGUAAAUCUCCUGAUGGAUUGGGUGAAUGCUGUAUGUGCAUUUUACAACAUUAAAGUUGAAAACUUCACUGUAUCUUUCUCAGAUGGACGUGUUCUAUGCUACCUUAUCAAUCAUUACCACCCUUGCUAUUUAUCAUUGGAUUCCAUUGGUCAGAAUACAACACAGACGGUAGAGUGUGGUCAGCGUGGUACAGUUGGGCUCAAUUCUUCAGCGAGUGAUUCUGAAGACAGCUCCUUGGACAUUUGGACAGGAUCAACAAACAAUACAAAUACAACACCAGUGCUUUUCAAAGAGCUGCUAGAGAAUGAGAAGCACAAUUUCCAGUUGGUGAACACUGCAGUUGCUAACCUUGGGGGAGUACCAGCCAUGAUCAGCCAUUUAGACAUGUCAAAUACCAUUCCAAGUGAAAAGGUGGUUACUUGUUAUCUGUCUUUCCUGUGUGCUCGACUUCUGGAUCUACGGAAAGAAGCAAGAGCUGCCAGGGUGAUCCAAGCCACUUGGCGAAAAUACAGACUGAAAAAGGAGCUUCAACAUUAUGAGGAGAGAACCCAAGCUGCUUUUAUCAUUCAAUCAGCAGUUGUUCAGUUUCUCUGGCGCCGCAGACGGGAGAAGAAAACCAUUGCUGCAGUCAUCAUCCAGGUAGCAUGGAGAGACCAUGUGGCAAGGAAGAAAGCUAGCGAGAGAGAACUGGAACGACUUUAUAUUCUGCAGAAUGCUGCAGCAACAGUUAUUGAGGCCUAUUGGAAGAGAUACUCUGCAACAAAACACUUCCAGGAGCUACGAUACUAUACUGUUGUUCUGCAAACCUGGAUAAGGACAAAGAUUGCACUGGCUGGAUAUAAAAAGAUUCUUUGUGGAGUGAUAUCUAUACAGAAACGUUUCAGGGCCUGCCUUUUUGCUAGAAAAGAACGUCAAAAGUAUUUAACACUCAGGACAUCGGCUAUAGUAAUCCAAAGGGCAUUUAGAAGAUGGAAGAACCACACAUUGAAAAGGCAGACUAUUGCUGCUGCAGUAAUACAAAAUGCAUUCCGCAAAUGGCAGGUACAAAGACUUACUAGAAGAAAUGAAGCUGCUGUCAAGAUACAGUCCUGGUAUCGCAUGAAUAGAGCCCAAAAACAGUAUUUUGAUGUCCAACAAAAAGUUAUCAAAAUACAGGCUUGGUUUAAGAGCUGCCUGGCUAGGGAAUUGUUCCAGAAAAGGAAAGAGGCUGUUUUAACCAUCCAGAAAUAUUUUAAAGCUUACAGAUUGGGCAACACUGAACAGCAAAAGUACUUGCUUGUUCGCAAAGCAGCAACAGUUAUUCAGUCCUAUUACAGAGGUAUGAAAGGACGCAAGUUCUUCAAGCAAAUUAAAGCGGUUUGCCUCUUUGAAUCCCUUUGGCAAAUGAAAAGAGAAAGGGUCAAGUUUUUGCAUAAAAGACAAAGUGCUGUAAUUUUGCAGUCUCACUUAAGAAGAUGGCAGGCACAGAUGAGUUACCAGAAAAUGAAAAAAUCUAUCUCUUUGAUCCAGGCUCGCUACAGAGCAUAUCUUGCUAAAAAGAAGAUGCAGAACGAAUACAAAAAAAUCCGAUCUGCAGCCAUUGUUCUACAAUCUGCAUACAGAGGAAUGCAAGUUAGAAAGAAGGCACACAUUCUAAGGUCUGUGAUAAAAAUGCAGGCCUGCUAUCGUGCUUAUGCUGGCCGAAAGGAAUUUAGAAAGAUGAAAGACGCUACCAUUAAAAUUCAGGCUUAUGUGAAAAUGGUUCAAACUCGCCGCCGUUACUGUAACCUUAGAAAGGCAGUACAUGAUGUGCAGAGAAUGUAUAGAGCUAAUAAACUCUGCCUCCUACAUAAGAUGGAAUACAGAAAGAAGAGGGAGGCCUGUGUUUGCCUACAGGCAGCUGCCAGAGGAUAUUUGAAGAGAAGACAGAUACAGACUUUAAAAAUGGCUGCAACUAAAAUUCAGUCUACCUUUAGAAUGCACAAGGAAAGAAAUCGCUUCCUUGAAAUGCGCGGUGCUGCUGCUGUUGUUCAGAAACAUUAUAGAGCGCACAAAGAAUCCAGCAUAUGCCAAAGCACAUUCUUGAAGCUAAAAGCAGCAACUGUAUGUUUACAGGCAUCCUACAGGGGAUCUAGACUGCGUAAAGUCAUUAGGCUUCAACAUAAAUCUGCAACUAAAAUACAGGCGGCUUUCAGAGCUCAUUCUACAAGAACAAAGUUUCUACAAACUAAACGUGCUUCAGUUGUAAUUCAGAGACAAUACAGGGCCUUCAAAGCUGGACAGAAUCAGAGAAUGCAGUAUGUGAAGAUUAAAUUAGCUGCUGCUACUCUACAAGCAGCCUAUCGUGGGCAUGUAGUACGAAAAGAGGUACAAAAACAACACAGAGCUGCAGUGGCCAUUCAGACAGCCUUUAGAAUGUACAGAACUCGGAAAAACUUUCAUGCUUUAAAGAAUGCAGUUUUAGUUGUUCAGCAGCAUUACAAAGCUAAACUUGUUGGUGGAAAGCAGCGAGAGAAAUAUCUUGCAUUUUGUGAUUCGGUAGUGAAGCUUCAGGCUGCUUGGAAAGGAAAACGUGUAAGAAUGGAGAUUAAAAAACAGCAUAGAUCUGCAACAAUUAUCCAAUCUUACUACAAAACCUAUGUGAUGCAAACAAAGUUCAAAUCAAUGAGACUGGCAGCUUUGGGAAUACAGAGACAAUACAGGGCUUACAGUUUAGGGAAGAUGCGACGUUCUCAGUACCAGCAGACCAGAAAAGCUACAGUUACCCUGCAGGCAGGUUUCCGUGGAAUGAGGGUCAAGAGACUGCUACAAGAACAUCACAAGGCAGCUUGCACAAUUCAAACCGCAUUCAAAGCUUUUAUGUGCAACAAAAGACUUGCAUCACUUAAAACUGCUGCAGUUGUUUUCCAGAGAAGGUAUCGGGCCCUUGUAGCUGGCAGAUCUUUGCGUCAAGAAUAUAUUGAACUUUGCCAAGCUGCAAUUAAGAUCCAAGCAGCUUAUAGAGGUGUCAGAAUAAGAAACGACCUAAAGAACAUGCACCGGGCUGCCACUGUGAUUCAAGCACAUUUUAGAAUGCACAAGCUACGACUUCCUUACUGUGCCAUGAGACUGGCUGCAACCAUAAUACAACAUCAGUACAGAGCUUGCAUGAAAGGGAAACAGGAACGUGAAAAAUAUUUGGUAAUAAGAAAAUCUGCUAUUACCAUUCAGUCAGCUUUCAAGGGCAUGAAAGUUCGCCACCAGCUUAGAACCAUGCAGAAAGCUGCAACACUGAUUCAAGCACAUUAUCGAAAGCACAAACAUCAUGUGCAUUUCAAAAAGCUUUGCUGGGCUGCAGCAGUAGUGCAACAAAGGUACAGAGCAAACAAACUAAUGAAUGCCGAAGUCCAGAAAUACAGCACAAUGAAAAAUGCUGCAGUUUGCAUUCAGUCUGCUUUCCAUAGCAUGAAGACAAGAAAGCAACUGAAAGAAAUGAAGAAUGCUGCUGGACUAAUUCAGAGGAGGUAUAAAGCCUUUAGCGCGCGCCAGCAGUAUCUGUCUUUGAAGGCAGCUGCUAUAGUCAUUCAGCGGAGGUACAGGGCCCAUAUAUUAGCAAAGCUUCAGCAGGAGCAAUACUGCAGUAUGCGUGCUGCAGCUAUUUCUAUACAGUCAGCAUACAAAGGCAUGGUAGUAAGGAAGGAAAUUGUGAAAAGGCAUCUGGCUGCCACUGUGAUUCAGGCAGCAUUUAGAAUGCAUAGAAUGAUGAUACCAUUCCAAGCAAUGAGACUAGCAGCAGUCCUCAUACAGAGGCAGUACCGGGCAUACGUACAGGGUAGAAAUGAAAGGGCACUCUAUUUGAAAUAUCGGAACAGUGCCACUUUAAUACAGGCGGCUUUCAGAGGAGUGAGGCUUAGACGGCAGUUACGAGAUGAGCACAAUGCUGCAGCAAUAAUACAAGCCCAAUUCAGAAUGUGCCAGCAGAAUUCUCAUUACAAGAAGCUUCAGUGGGCCACUAAGUUUGUGCAGCAAAAAUACAGAGCCUGUAAAGAGAGAGAUGCUGAGGUGCAGAUGUACAAGUCCAAGAAACAAGCUGCAGUGGUUGUUCAGUCUGCUUUCCGUGGAAUGAAGUCCAGGCAACAUGUGAAGGACAUGCACAAAGCUGCCACCACUAUUCAAAGGAAAUUCAAAGCCCGUAGUGCACAUAAACGGUAUGUUUCUCUUAAAACUGCUGCUGUUGUAAUUCAACAGAAAUAUCGGGCUUUAAUUGUUGAAAGACAGCUGAGAAAAGAAUAUAGUUCUCUGUGUUGUGCAGCCAUUACCAUACAGGCUGUAUAUAGAGGUUUAAGAACAAGGAAGCUUAUCCAGCAAAUGCAUCAUGCAGCUACUACGAUCCAGGCAGCAUACCGAAUGCAUAGAGUACAGCUCAAAUUCCAGGCAAUGAGGUUAUCUGCAGUCAUUAUUCAGCUACAUUACAUGUCUUACAGUCGAGGCAAAAAAGACAGGGAAAAGUAUUUGCAAUUAAGAUACUCUGCUUUGACAAUUCAGUCGGCAUUCAGGGGAAAGAAGGUUCGACAGAAUUUAGCUGCAAUGCAUAAAGCGGCAACCACUAUACAGUCCCGUUAUCGAAUGCACAGACAAAAGAGUGAUUUCAAGAAGUUAAGCUGGGCGGCCAAAGUUUUCCAGCAAAGAUACAGAGCUCUAAGAACGAGAGAUGCUGAAGUACACCGGUAUAAAAAAAUUAGGAAAGCGGUAUUUUUCAUUCAGGCUGCAUUCCGUGCUAAACGAGAAACAGAGCUGACUAGGAGAAAAAAAGCUGCUCAACGUGUUCAGACAUUUUUAAAAAUGUGUGUUCAGAGACGCCAAUUCCUGCAGCAAAAAGCAGCUGUAGUAGUCCUUCAGUCUGCAUUCAGGGGCUAUAGAACAAGGGUCUGUUGCAGAGCAAUGUGGCUUUCAGCAGUUGUGAUCCAGCAGUGGUACAGAGCCUACAAAGUUGGUCGAAAACAGAAAGCAGAGUACCAGGCAAUAAAACAAGCUACAGUAACUGUGCAGUCAGCUUUCAGAGGAAUGACUGCAAGAACACUGGCAAAGCAAAAGCGUGCUGCAAUCAAGAUUCAAUCUGUUCUUCACAUGGCUGUCUACAGAAGGAAGUUCAUAAAACUCUGGUCAGCUGCAGUAACUUUGCAAGCUCAUUACAGGGCAGUGGUAACUAAAAGAAAGUACACCAGUUACAAAAUCGCAACCCUGACAUUGCAGAAGCAUUACAGAGCCAGUCAGGCUAAAAAAUUCCAGAGAUCUGCCUACCUGAAAACAAUGAGAAGUAUCCACUUACUUCAAGCAACAAUCCGGGGAUAUAUUAUACGCAAAAGAAUACAGAUGCUGAAGAAGAGUGCCGUGAAUAUUCAGGCAAUGCUCAGAGGCUACAUAGCAAGACGACUUGCUAAAAAAAUGAGAGCAGCACAGAAAAUCCAAUCCUGGUACAAAGGCUGCGUAACCCGCAGACAGUAUAGAAACACACAGAAGGCUAUUGCAACACUUCGUGGUUGUGUUCAAACAAGAUUAAUAAGAAACAGAUUUCUGAUGAUCUGUCGCAGUGUAAGCAUAAUUCAGAGAAGGUGGAGAGAAACUAUCGAAACAAGGAAAACUCAUCAAGAAUUCAUAAAGAUCAGGUCAGCUGCUGUUAAAAUUCAGGCUGUUUGGAGAGGAUACAGCACAAGGAAACAGCAUGAUAAGGAACAGAAAGCUGCCUGUCUAAUCCAGGCACAGUACAGGGGAUUUGUACAGCAGCAGAAUUUUCAACAACAAAAAAGUGCUGCACUGACCUUGCAGAAGUAUGUGCAUGCGUGGCAGACAGGAAAAACUGAACGUUUGAAGUUUGAGAGAAUAAAAAACGCUAUUGUCUCUCUCCAAGCAUGCUGUCGUGGCUGGCUGGUCAGGAAAAGGAUUUCUGAGGAGACACAAGCCAUACGGAGACUAUGCUUCACAGCAGCUGCAUAUCACCAUAUGUGUGCUAUGAAGAUUCAAAGAAUGUUCAGAGCUCAUUUGGCACUGAAACAUGGAAGGCAGCAAAUGCAUUCUGUGAUUUGCAUACAGAGGUGGGUAACAUCUAAAUUACAGCGCAAAAAAUACCUAAAGGACAGAGAAAAAAUCAUAAAGGUUCAGCGAGUUUUGAGAGCUUGGUUAAAUCGCCGCUUCAGGGCUGCCAUGGUUAUUCAGCGAGCCGUGCAAAAAUACCUGUGCAGGAGACGCCAGCAGAGGGUACAGCAUGGGGUUGUCAAGAUUCAGGCACUGUGGAGAGGAUUUUGUUCAAGAAGGAGAGAUUCCCCAAAAGUGGUAGCUAUAAGGCGCCGUGUUGAAAAGGCCAACAAAGAGAGCAAAGAAGAAAACAAGCUUGGUAACAAAACUGCCAUUGCUAUUGACUAUCUUCUGAGAUACAAGGAUCUGUCCUGCAUUAUUGCAGCUCUGAAACAUUUAGAGGCAGCAACCAGACUUUCAUCUGUGUGUUGUGAAAACCUUGCUGAGAGUGGAGCCAUUUUAACAAUAUUCAUUUUAAUCCGAAGCUGCAAUCGCAGUGUACCUUGCAUGGAAGUAAUUGCAUAUGCAAUUCAAGUACUUCUGAAUCUGUCAAAGUAUGAAAAAACCAUUGGUGCAGUGUAUGAAGUGGAACAUUCCAUUGACACACUGCUAGACCUGUUGCAAAUCUAUAGAGAAAAAGCCGGGGAUAAAGUUGCAGACAAAGGAGGAAGCAUUUUUACAAAGACCUGUUUCUUAUUAACCAUUUUGCUGCAAGAUGAAAGAAACGCUUUGGAUGUUCGCAAGCUACCAAAAGCAGAAGAUCGCAUUCGCAGCAUUUAUAAGCUCACAGCCCGAAAACACAAGAUGGAUGCAAAACUAACAAGACAGAAGAUGAAUAUGUCCCUAAAUGGUAGCUUCUUUGCCCAAGCAACUCCUGUAAAAACAAGACUAGUGCCAAAAAUCACACCAGAUUGGGUCUUAAGAAAAGACAGCAUGAGAGAGAUGGUGGAUCCUCUCCGGGCCAUUCAGAUGGUUGCUGAUGCACUUGCUAUUUACCCUGUAACACUUUAAAAAUAAAAUAUUUUAUACUGAUAUUAAUAAUUAGAUUAGCUUACUAGUCAGCAGUGUUGAGUGGUGUACAGGUGUGCAUUGUUGCAAGUGUUGAACUAAAAUAUAUAGGUAGAGAAGUUGUUAAAAACAACCUAUUGUAAAUCCUAAAAUGUUUUUGUAAUUUUACAGAUUCA